ACAGUGGAAAUAUCUGGGAAAGGAGAAAAUCCUCAAUUUGGGGAAUAAUUAAUCUUUAACACUAAGUGUUGCUUAUCUUGCAAAUGCAUAACUUGCUGAUUUUAAUUGCUGCCUCCACUUUUUUGGCCUCUUUUUGGGUGUUUUAGGAUGAGCAUCCCAAACCAGGAGGUAUUUGUAUCAUCCCACAUUCCUGGGACAGCCCAUGCUGUGUGAAGCUCCUAAAGCUGGUUUAUCUUUGUGGCAUGAGAAGCUGAAAUUAAUUUUGCUCACUUUUUUCAUUCAAGUGGGAUUUGAUUAAAGAUUAAAGAUGUGCAUUUAAACAUGGCAGUUUUGAAAGCAGAACCCCCCCCAAAUUUCCUGUAAUGUGCACAGAACUGAUAAUAAAGCUCAGCUGAGAAGGAAUUUUCCCAUUCUCUGCCAACAGAGUAAUGCAAAUUAGUAAAAUUUAAGUGUAAGAAAUACAUGUUUUAUGUACAGGGGGAGAGAGAGGUGUGGAUGUGUGCACAUAUAUUUUAUUGUAUUCCUACUUCUUGAUGUCUCAUGCCCAGUAGGUCAUGGUGAAGCAUUCCUUGCCUUUGUCAAUGAACAUUGUUGAAAUAGCUGGAUCCCACCUGAGAAUAAAGGUUAUUCUGCUGUGGUGAAAGCACACCAGUGUUAAUGGCAUUUUGAUUUGUGUGUAGGUAACUGUACCCAGGUGUCCUUGGAAGGAAGAAUGUGAUCUCUGGUCUUCAACCAGCUACAAAACACCAACUUAAAUGAACCACAGCUAGGCAUGGAUUUAAACUGAAAUGCAUUUUUACAAUGAAGGCUAAAUCUGGUCUUGUUGCUCCUCUUCUGGUACCCUCAUUGUCAAGUUGGUGGAAAAAUAAGAAAAAAUGUCUCAUGGUGUACAGCUGUUGUGUAAACUCAAUUUAAAAAUGGAGAAUGAGCAGGUUUGAGGUGUGUUCUGGCAAUGGUGAGGAAGAGGAAUCUCAAGGAGGGAGGGAAGGACCUGUUCUGUGUGUCCAGAAGGGAUAAGAAUUGAUUCUCACUGUGCUGUGUUUAGGUGCUGUAUCACAUUAAUACUGCCGUAAUUCAGAGUCUGUAAAUUGUACAUGGGAGUGCCCAGCUCAGACAUGACCACUUCAAGAAAUGGUCCCAAUUUAACCAAUGCUAAUUAAGGCCAUGAUCUCCUGCAGUAAUGAGAAUUUCAUUAGCAAACAGUUUGCAGCAUCAGCCCGUGGUUUUCCAGCAGUGAGAACACUGACAGGUCUCUCCUUUCCAUGCCACGGCUUCUGGGAAAGCAACUGUUUGUACAGACUGGGAAUAUGCAAUUUUCACUCCCUCACGUUGGAUUAAAGGCAAUGUUUUCUGUGCUUUAAUCAUUGCUCAGUGACAGUUGCUGCAACAGAGAAGGUAACCUCUUUCUGGCUGUUUUUUAGGUUGUGAAAUACACUUUCAUGCGCUGUUUCCUUUUUUCUUUCUUUGCUUUCUAAAGAACUCCUGUUCUGUCAGGUUCGUAUUUAUUGCUUUCCUGGCAAAUGCUGUUCUCAGUCAGAAGAAUAUCAUGUCAAAGAAAUGAAAGGGGAUAUCUGUUGGCAGUUUUCCACAGAGGUUUGAAUCUGUUCUCCACGAUUCCCUCCCUGAGCCAACGUGGGAUGCACGCGGUGAUGAAGGGACACAGUGAAAGUCCAUCUGAGCAUCAGGACGUGGAGCCACAGCUCCUGGCUUCUCCUUCUGCUCCUGUUUGUGCCAUCCUGGGACUCAGCCUCCUGCUCCUGCCUCUGGUUUGAUGUUACUGCUGCAAAAGUUGUGAUUUUUAAGAGUAUUUCUCUCUUGUGCUGAGGUCUUCCAUGAAUUGGUCUUUUCACAGAUUUGCUUUAUAGGAUCAGCCCCAUUAAAAAUCACUAUUUUUAAUAAAUAAUUUUAAAUUAUUUAGGUAAUUAGAAUAUUUAGGUAAGACUGGCAUGGGAAAGAAUAAAUGUGUGGGUUUGGUGGUUUUUUCUGGUUUUACUUGCUGUCUGAAAGUGGGGUGGAACUGAAUUACACAUUUCAGCUGAUGACAGUGAGGAAUAUGGGGAGAUAUCCUGAUAGGAUUUCCUGAGUACCUGUAACAUGGCUUGUCUCUUUCUGAAAUUAUCCUAUUGGAGGCAGGAAAUAUCAGGUCUAUUAGUGAAACAGCUCUCCAGCUAUUAGUUUUUAGAGCUUUAAAUAGUCUUAUCUCAAUGGAUGUGUUUGCCCUGUGGCUCAUCUAUCACCCUAAAAUGUUUUAUCAGCACCUGAAAAAAUCUCAAUGAGAAGAAUAGCCACAGAUGUUGCCCAUUCAAGGGGCUUUUAGAAACAGAAUGGGGAUUUUUUUUUUUUUUUUAUAAAAAAGGUCUUUUAAGAUCUGAUAUUAUUUGCUGGCUUUUCAACCCUGUUUCAUGGCUCUCGUAGCACCACUUCUAUAAAUACUCCUCACCAGGAAAGAAAGGAAAUCACAAUAGAUUAAAGGAAAAUCAGGUUAACAGGCAUCAAUCUCUGCCCAUUCAGCCUCAGACAUUUGUGAAAAAUAAAGGAUUAGGAAGAAUUACUGCCAGGUACUAGAUGAAAAAAAACCCAAAAACUCUUUUGUGGCAUCUUUGUCUUCUCUAACAGUUAUUAGAGGAACAGCUCUCAGUGUCAGAAGUGAGCUGGAUUUGAAAUGAGCAGAAAUUGCUGUGAGAUGUUACAUUUUCUGUAAAUUCUGUACUGUUAAUUUGACUCACAGAUGAUCAGUAUCUUUUUCUUUCCCUUUAAAAUAUGCUGUUUCUAGUUUGAAAACAAGUUUGUGUUGUCUUGAGGUCUGAUGGAGAGGAGAUUGAGACAAAGGGUUGGACAUGGAGGAGUUUUCUUAGUUUGUCUCAGCCUCUUCACGGGACUUUAGAGCUCUCAGAGUAGAAAGAUUUGGUCUCAGUCACCAUGAGAUAUUAUUUUUAGUGGAUGAAAAGCCAGAAGAGGAGAAUCAAGUUCAGCAAGGUGAGUUUUUAAUGUCAAGGGCCUUCCAGAGACCAGGCUCACACCAGAAUAUAACAGUAACAAAAAUGGUGAUGCAGUGGGGUUUGCUGUAAAAAUCUAGAAGUAUCCUUUGGUUGAAAAUUUUACCAUGUAUUUGCCACCUUAUGUUCUUCACAAUUAAAAUUGGUGGGAAGCUUCCUUUUACCUUGGAAUGAGUUUUUCCUCUGAAGGAAAUGCGUUCUGAGUUCUGAAAUAGGAAAUAAAACACUUUUCUCAGAGGAGAAAAAUAAACUUUUUGAAAGGUGUUCUGUAAAGAGCUGCUGGCUCCAGUCUGAUCCUUCCCAGGGAAGGCCUUUCAGCUCUGAUGUGUUUCAGUUUUUCUUUUAACAUGAAACUGCCAUUUAAAGACCCAUCAUGCUUGGUGAAACUCUAGAGGUUUUAUUUACAGGGAGCAAAGGCUCACAGACUCGGGAUAUGAAUUCUGCAAAGGAUGUGUUGCACUUGCAGGCUCCAUUUUCAUGGUGGGCAUUUGGUUUUCAAGUGUGAUGAAACCUAAUUCAGCAACCUAGAGGGUUGGUUUGGGACUUCAGCUCGUCAGAAAGCCACAGCUGCUACAGUCAGCAGUGGAGAAGGAGCAGCAAUGGAAAAGAGGACACAGGCUGUGUUACAAGGCAGCAUUCCCCCUGAUCCACGGACCCAAGGAAGCAGAAAAUGACCUGUGGUUGCUGUCAUAAAUUUCAUGUGUUAGACCUACCUCUGAUUAAAUCAAGUUGUAAAUUAUGUGUAAAACCUGAUGGUGCUUUUUAGUUCUCUCUGAAAAGAGCGUUGAGCUGUAGGAAAUGCUGUCUCUUGGGUCCCUGCUCCUGUUGGAGCCUCACUUCUGGUAAUUCCCUGCUCCUUCUGCAUGUUCACCACUGAGAUGUGCCUGGUGAGAGGCAGCAAAACAAAGACAAGCAGCAGAGAGAAGCUUGGAAAUUCCACAUGCUGGGAUCACUGUCAUGGUUUGAGGUUUUAUCUAGAAGGUGCUCUGUGUUUAUAAUCUUGGUUUAUCUUUUACUGCUGUUGAAAUGUUGGAUGUGUGCUUUAUUUCCUGGCCAGCAAAGGUCCUGUGGAUGGAGAGGCCUUUCUGUAAGUGGGGUUUUUUUUGUGGGAUAUUUUUGUUUCGUUUUGUUUUUGUCAUGGACAAAUGAUUAACAGCUGAAUCAAUCGUGCCAGAGGUUGAGCAAGCUGUAUCACACAGGCACAUCUUGGGUUCAAGCUGGGGCAAAGUCAUUUGGAAGAAAAAAAAUCGGGCACAAAAGGCAAACAGAAAGCUUUGCACAGCCUGAAUCAUCUCCCCUAGCAGUUUGUCCUCCACGUCUAGAGGGAACUUUAUCACUGUGCUCAGUAACUCUGGGUGAAAAAAGGGCUGCCUGAAAUACAAUCUUUUAUUUGGAGCAGAUUCCUACAAGGAUUGGGCUAAUGUGCCUCUCUGUGUUAAACUGUUAUCAUCAGGCUGCCAAAAUAGAAAGAUGUCUCAGCCAGUUGCUUAUUUUGCAGGGACAUGGCUCCACAAGCAAAAUAAUGUCAUUUAGAAGGUAACUGUGACACCUUAAGGUGUAGCACUCGGCCAGGUAAUGGCACUGAGGUUGUUGGGUUUGUUUGGUAUUAUUGAACAUGAACAAUUUUAUGUAUAGCCCCAUCAUUGCCAUAAUGAGCAAAUUAAAAUGCAUUUGUUCUUUGUAUCACCAGAGUUCUCAGAGGUGUGUCCCAGGGUGAUUGUGCUGCUAAAAGCCAGGGUUGCACAGAGUCAGGCUCUUGUCUUCUCAAAGGCAUUGUCCAGCAAGGGGAAGGGUGGGAAAACAGUGAUACUCCUCAUUUUGUGCAGGGAAACACAGAUUCAGAGACCUUUGCUCUCUGUAAGAUGCUUGCUGUAGGCUAAGACUAACAGGAAAAUGAAGGGAAAGGCGCUUGUGUCUCAGGAAUCAAAAAGCUGUACCUGGAGGGAGAAGCAGCAGGAUGUGAAGGCUCAACAGGCACCCAAAGAAAAACUCUUCCAGGUCUGGUCUGAUCUGCACAACUGAACUGAUGGCAGCAGCCCACGGUAAGUUCUCAGCUCAGUCAGGACCAUUUAGGAGACAGAAUGACUCAGUGUAGUAGCAGGAAAACACAGAGACAUUACAUUUGAUACCCUGACAGGUCCUGCUUUCCUGGGCUGAAGACUUGGGUAUUUGGAGCAGAGAAUCUCUGUGGAAUGACCCAGGGAAGGGCAGUCUCAGGGACAAGGCUUUCCCUGAGGCAUGAGAGUAAGUGCUUCUGCCUCGUGUCUGACCUUCCUCUGGAAGACAGACAUGAAAAGCAGCAAUAAAUAAAUGAUUCUGCACUCUAUUCCUAGAAAGCCGACUUGAGUUUACUUAUCACUUCCUUCUUGCCAAGACUCAAAUAUGUUUCGUUUGUUGAAAUAUUCAUUUUCCCCGUCCCUUGAAAGGAGCAUUACAAAUGAAAGUGCAAAUUGCUCCUAGGCAGAGCUUUGCUCCCUGCCUGCUCGCCUCGGGAAAGCCGUGUGCUAACAACUGCAGCGUUUACCUUGUGAGCCUGCCAGGUGCUGGGUCAUCUGCUGUUUACAGGGUGGCAGAGCAGCUCAGCAGUUUCUUUUUUUUUUGCUUGAAUCUUGUUCAAACCCCCAGGGGCAGACGGGGUGGGGGUGUUGGCGGUGUGGGAUCUCCGGUGGUGCCUCACCAUGAGCGCCCUGCGCCCCAUCCACCUGCUGCUGCUGCUCUGUGCGGUGCUCAGUGCCCAGACUGCUCAUGGCUUUGGUGGCCAGGAGUCCCCGAGCCGCGGUGACAGCGAGGUCAGGGACAGGCGCGCCCGCUCCGCGAGUGUCCCACCACAGCCCCGCGACUGUGUCCUCUCCUCCUGGUCCUCCUGGAGUAAGUGUGACCCCUGCCAGAAGAAAAGGUACAGAUUUGCCCGCCUGGAGCAGCCCUCGCAGUUCAGUGGAGAUGCCUGUGAGUACUGGGACAGAGAAGCUGAGGAGUGCGUCACGAGCAGCCCUUGCAGGAGCAGAGCUCGCUGUGAUGGGUUUGUGUGUGCAGUUACAGGGAGAUGCAUUGCACGGAGGCUGCUCUGCAAUGGAGAUGACGACUGUGGGGACCAGUCAGAUGAGAAAAACUGCAAAAAAGUGUUCAGGAAAUGUGACCAGAAGAUGGAAGAGUACUGGGGAAUCGAGAAUCUGGCAAAAGGGUUGAAUAUCUUCACAAACAGCUUGGAAGGGCUGGUCCUGGAUCACAGGUACUACGCUGGGGGAUGUUCUCCCCAUUACAUCAGGGACACGAGGUUCAGGAAGCCGUACAACAUAGAAAGCUACACACCAGAGACCAAAGGCAAAUAUGAAUUUACAAUGACUGAAUAUGACUCCUACUCAAAUUAUGAAAGCAGUGUCCUGAAGGCAAAAGCUUCACAGUCAAGCUUCAGCAUCGGUAUAAAAAUACCAAAAGUGUUUGAACUUGGUUACAAUUCAAAUGACAUGAGGUUCAAGAAGUUCAUGCAGAGGAUGAAAAGAUUUUCUUCAAGUUCCAGCAAGUUCAUCCACGCCCGUUCUGAGCUGGCUGUUGGUGUUUACAAGCUGAAGCCCCGAGCCCUGAUGCUGCAUCACGAGUUCCUGCAGCGGCUCCGGCAGCUCCCCACGGAAUACAGCUACGGGGAAUUCCGGGAGCUCUACAGGGAUUUUGGGACACACUUCAUCAAGGAGGCCACUGUUGGAGGCAUCUAUGAAUACACUUUGGUCAUGAACAGCGACGAGCUCCGCAGGGCGGGUUAUUCUCUGAGUGAUGUCCAGAAAUGUGCACAGAAGGGCUUUAACAUUGCUGUGGAUCUUCGUAAAAUCUCUGUGGGACUUGGAGUAGAUUCAGCUGGCUGUAAAGCCCUUUUGAAAGAGAUUGGAGACAGCACUGCCAGGAAACAGUUUGUGGAGGAUUUCGUGGCGCUGGUCCGCGGUGGAGCGAGUGAAGACAUCACGGCGCUGGCCCACAGGGACCUGCCCACGGCCCAGCUCAUGCAGCAGUGGGGAGAUGCUGUGCAGUACAACCCUGAGAUCAUAAAGCUGAAGGCAGAGCCACUGUAUGAGCUGGUGGCUCCCUCUGACUUGGCUGAUUCCAGCAGAAUAAAGGAGAAUCUGCGCCGGGCUCUGGAGGAGUUCCAGCUGGAGAGCAGUUCCUGUCGCUGUGCUCCGUGCCAUGGGAAUGGCAUCCCCUUCCUGACAGGAGCAGAGUGUGAGUGCCUGUGUCCCCUCGGCUACAGCGGCACCGCCUGUGAGAUCAGCAGGAGGAAAGAUGCUGCUGUUAAUGGAAGCUGGGGGUGCUGGGCCAGCUGGUCCCCGUGUUCAGGAGGUCAGAGGACAAGAAGGCGACAGUGCAACAACCCUGCCCCACAGAACGGCGGCUCCUCGUGCUCAGGGCCAGACUCUGAGGCAGUUCCUUGCUAGAAGGAACCAGCAGGAGCUCACACAGAGCAGAUGGGCACUUGGCAGACUGCUUGGGAGGACAUCACCUCACUGCUUUCUGAGCUGGCCUCGCUCUGCCCAUGGGUCUCCUCCAAAUCAGGAACAUUUCAGAAGACACUGGGAGCUGGGGGGUGUUGGGAACCACAACUUUGGGUGUUCAGUUGUCCAGUGGGAUUGAAUGUGCUUACCAACCUCAGUAUUUUGCCUUUUCCCUGUCUUCAUUGCAAUGGGCUAAAUGAGACAAGCUUUAUCUCUGUCUGUAUUUGGUAGCUGCAUGAUUUCAAAUUACACUGUCUUGUUGCUGAAGGUUCCUUUGAGAUAAGAAGAGACACUUUGAUCUUACGUGCAGCAGGAUGUGCACUGAUGCACAGCUUCUGUGAAGGCAGCUGUGUCAUGUGGAGCAAAAUCCAGCACAUUAAAGCCUAAAUCUCAAUGAGCACCACAGUAUCUAACGUGACAUUUAGAGCCACUGUGCCUCACUACCCUGCUUUCCCAAUUUAUUGUAUUGUUCCCACCCCUGCCAUGGGCAGGGACUCCUUCCACUAUCCCAGGCUGCUCCCAGCCCUGUCCAACCUGGCCUUGGACACUGCCAGGGAUGGGGCAGCCACAGCUUCUCUGGGACAAAUGGAACCUUUUGAAAAAGCUGUCUGCACAUCCCCUGAGAUCUGCCCUGAGCAGCUGCAUUUGCCCCAGACAAGCUCUGGUUAAAAAGUCUGAUCCCAUGAAAUCCAGUGUUCCAGCUGCUGCUGCUGGGUCCAUGCAGGGUGGGACAUCUGACUUGGAGAGGGUUCACUGUAAAAAAAGACAAACUGGUUUGCCUGUUAUUACCAUCCCUGGAGCUGUGCAUCACAGUCCAGGUCUAACAGAGGGACUUUAAAACACUGUGCAACAUUUCAUGAGCCUGGAUCCUUCCAGGGACUUUCCUCCUACAGCUCUGGUGGUGGUAAAUGAUUUUUGCCAAGACAUUUGGUUGGACCUGCUGCAAAACAACCAGCAAUAGCUUUGGUCCAAAAGGCAAUUCCACCAGUGCAAAGUUGCUCAUGAGUGUUGUGAGUCUUCUAACAUCCACAAGGUCAAACUCUUCUUCUGAGGGCUUUUUAGCAGAGCUGGUGAUGGUGGGCUGGUAUCGCCCGUUCCUUUCCUUUCAGACUGACGUUGUCUGAAUGUAAUUCCUGUGAGAGCAGCUCAGGCUCCCUGACAUCUGAACAAUGGAACAUGCAUUUAGUUGUAGCCCUCAUGCCGCCUCCACACUUAUCGACAGGGCUUCUGUGACAGCUUUAAGAAAGGCAGAGCACAUUGCAUAUGUAAAACAAGAGGGCUCUGUGCUCAUUAUGGGCUUCAUCAUUUAGCUGCCAACCCAAAACAUUUCCCUUUUCCACUGUGUAGCUGCAAUAUCUUUUGUGUGAUGGAAAUUUGCCAAGAGAUUCUUUUUUGGGUCAUGGUCAAAGAGGUCACUGCUUGCUUGACGUGGGAUAUUCCUCCAGGUUUUAUGCAGGGGCUCUGUAGAAACCUCUGUGGAGGUGAGGACCCUGAGCAUGGUUCACCUCUGAGGACACAAACUGCAGUGUCAUUGCCUGCCCUUGUUGAGAAUCAUCGGUGUCAUCUGAUUAAGGACAUUUCUCAGAUGAGUCAAGUGGCUUUUGUAAAUUUAACCACCUUUCCUGAUCAUCAAGCUGGUUAAAUACACGGCAGGGAUUGCCUCUCUCCACUGCUGCAGCGAGGACAGCCAAGUGUAGUGACCUGACUUGGGACCAUUGUUUCCAAACCAGAAAAACACAGAUUUUUUGAAGUGGUGACAGCACCUGAGUUUGUAUAUUUGGGGUUUUUAAUUUUUGGAGGAAGAGAGGAGAGAUUUGUCAGUCAUCAAGAUCAUCAGGACAGUCUGACUGAAGUAUGAGUUCAGCAGUGGCUGAAUAUUCAGCCUUUAGGCUUAGAAUCCUCCCAUAAAGGACAUAACUUUACCUUGUCCUUGUGAUUUUGUGCUUUGAUUCGCCUAACUAAUGAUUUAUUAUAACCUGGAGGGUGAUAAAAAACACUGUGCUGAAUCUUUUAUUGUUUCAUUUUGGUUGGCAUUAAAUUUUGGUACCAUC